GUUUUCAGCAGUGGCAACUAUGCCGCCAUCACCGUUUUUCGCAUUCGCUAUUUAUUCUUAUUCACUCGUUCGUCAAAUCUUCGCUGUCUUUGCCGUGGUCGUGUUUUUGCGUGCAGUUUAUGUUUCAUAAAAAAUUGUUGGCAAAAGGUCACUGAAAACAGCAAAUAAGUAAUGAAAUAAAAUAAUACGAUUUAAGUGUUUAAAUGUAAUUAUUGUAAGUGCAUUAUGUAUUGAAAACAUUUAACAAUAGAAAUACGUUCUCGUUGAUCGUUAACGAAUUCAUAUUGGUGCGGUUUGCUGGCAAGGCAGUUGCGAAACAAACGAUUCCUAAGCAGUGACUCUAAAGCGACUGUAAACAAUUAACUCAACAGCAACAAAUAUAAUUUGAAAUUAAAAGAGAACAUAUAAGCGUAAUCAAAAUUAUAACACCAUCAACCGAGCGAUCGAACCACCGAACGCCUCAGUAACUUUGCUACCCGCGUACAAUUAAACACAGCAUGCACAAAAGCGAUGGGCGGUUUCCUGGAUAAGCCGAAAACUACAAAACAUAACGAUUAUGGGGAAGGAAAUAAACUUCUAUUCGGCGUCAGCUCCAUGCAGGGGUGGCGUUCUGAAAUGGAGGACGCUUACUAUGCAUGCGCCGGUCUUGGCAGCGGACUGGAAGAUUGGAGUUAUUUUGCCGUUUUCGACGGACACGCUGGUUGCAAAGUAUCGAAACAUUGCGCCUCACAUUUGCUUGGGUAUAUCAUUAAUACAGAUGAAUUUAUGAAUGGUGACCACGUGAAGGGCAUACGUACUGGUUUCCUGCGCAUCGAUGAAGUAAUGCGAAUGUUGCCCGAAUUAACUCAAAACGCAGCAAAAUGUGGUGGUACAACUGCGGUGUGUGCGUUUAUAUCGCCCACACAAGUUUACAUUGCGAAUUGCGGUGAUUCGCGUGCCGUUCUCUGCCGUCAGGGUGUACCGGUAUUUGCAACACAAGAUCACAAACCGAUUUUGCCUGAAGAAAAAGAGCGUAUACACAAUGCGGGCGGCAGUGUUAUGAUAAAACGUGUUAACGGUACGCUGGCUGUGUCGCGAGCGCUGGGCGAUUAUGAUUUCAAAAACGUUAAGGAAAAGGGUCAAUGCGAACAAUUAGUGUCGCCAGAACCGGAGAUAUUUUGCCAAAGUCGCCAGGAUACAGAUGAAUUUUUAGUUUUAGCUUGUGAUGGUAUAUGGGAUGUUAUGACCAAUGAGGAUCUAUGCAGUUUUGUACACUCGAGGCUGAGGGUAACGAACGAUUUAGUAAAUAUAGCAAACCAAGUCGUCGAUACCUGCUUGCACAAGGGCAGCCGAGAUAACAUGAGCAUAAUAAUAAUCGCUUUCCCGGGUGCACCACAACCAACUGAAGAAGCCAUAGAAGCGGACAAACGGUUGGAGAAGCAAAUCGAGAAACUAACAAGAGAAGAGAUAGAAUGUAAUGAAAUCACACAGUACUUUGAUUUAUUGCAAGCACUGCAGAAUAAGGAUAUUGAAGAUCUUCCUCCUGGUGGCGGCUUACAGUCAAAAUAUGCAGUCAUCGAGCGAACGUUCAAAGAGUUGUAUCCGGAUCAGGACUGCGAAAGCCCUUCUCAUUGAACCACCUCAAAAGCAAAGUAAUAACAAAAACAAAAUAAUUAAAACACAAAAACAAAUCGGUUAUAACUUUGAUAAAGUGCAAAUUUAACUGAAGUAACCAAAUAGAAGAAAUAAUUUAAAUACAAAAAACAGGAAUACAACAAAUAACAAAUAGAAAGAAAAAAUGGAAAAUUACUGAAGCAAAAAGCUAGCAACACACGUAAACAUAAGAAAAGAAAAACCAAGCUUAGGGUUAAGAAGUUAUACACACAUAUUCACAAGCUUGUUGUGAUGCUAAAACGUCUGGGCUGGCUUGGUGAGAGUGGCCUAAACUUGUGAGACCUAUAGGCUCUCAUACAGGUACCACGCACACAGACACAAACAUUUUGCGGCGAUUCACAAAAGCAAACGCAGUCAAAUGGCACCACGCAACAAAACUAAGUUUUUCCGAUGCAUUGGAGAUAAAGCUGGAACAUAGCAACAACCAUACAGACGAACGGUAACAAUAGUGCGCAUACCAAAUACACAUAUACACACACUUAUGGUGAACCAAUUCUACUGAAGCGUUUUUCUGAUUGUUUAUGUGCGAUAGAGUGUGUAGCCAAAUUCAACUAUAAAACGUAACACAUUGCCACUUCCGUCUAAACACCUGCCUACAACACCAACGUUGUGUCUACACACACACGCAUACGAAUCUACUCAAAUGUUAUGUCCUACAAAUAUAAGAAGUCAUUCGAUGAACACCUAAGUUCUAGUGACGUUUUGUGUACAAAAACCUAUACCGUAAAUAAGUAACUGUUGUAUGUUUGUUUGUAUGUUAACAUGAAAUAAGUAAAUCAGCUUUGGAGGGGUGCUUAUAGUUUCUUGCAGUAGCUGGCUGUAUGUGCAGAUACUUGGCAGAAAAAUUGUAAAAAAGGUGUUUUAGUUUUGUUAUUACACGCCCGUACAACGCACAACUACACAACACCACCGACAACGCCGCACCGAGCGGAGCGCUGCAGACUGGUAAGAGAGCUUGACCGUGCUUGUGCGUCUAUACUUAUUUUCAACAGCAAACCGAGGGAGCCAACUAUUUUCAUAUAAUUGUAUUGCCCGAUCUUUUUUCUUUCGGUUGCCGUGAGCUGGCCACCAUUUUGUAACGAAUGCAAAAUUUCCAAACUGUUUUAAAAGCACAUUUACAUUACUUUUACUUUUUAAUUCGUUUUAUUUUUAUACUGUAUACGACCUAAACAAGAAAACGGUUUGCAAGUAACUGAAUUUUUGGCGAUAAAACACAAAUCCUACAAAAAAAUGCAACAAACUAAGUUAAAGAAAGAAGAAGAAAAAAAAAACAAAAAAACACAAAUAAGAUUUUACAAUUUUCCACAUACUGUCAACAACUACUUACAGACAUACACACUCAUAUUUUGUGUACGUAUUUGUAAUCUGAGUAUAAAAAGUAUAAAAUUAGUUGAGAAGCUUAAAUAAAGAAAGUAUAAUAAAAAAAAGUAAAAACAUGGUAAUAAGUUGUAAGUGAGUAAAACAAAAACAAAAAAAAAAAUAAAUAAAUAAAUAAACAAAAACAACAAAAGAAAUGGUAAUAAGAAGAUAUACACACGUGUUUGUAGUGAAUGUUAAUAAAUGAAUGAUAACUAAAAUACAAAGAUUA